ACCUACGUCCAAACAAUACGUGAUCUUCAAAAUACUCGUAUAAAAAAAUAAAACGAAACUUUUUCUCUUAUUUCAUAAAAAGGAAACGUUAUCUGUGGCUUAGUGAAUUUGAAACAUGGAACGCGUUGUUUACAAAUAAUUCUUAUCGCCUUUUGUUUUUCAGUUAUCUACAAUAAAUUGUGUUACAAUUAUUUCUACAUUGGGAAAUGUGUGCGUCUAUGAAAUUUCAACUGUGUCCAAUGCGUUUUAAAGUCUAUUUUGAUUAGAAGAGAUAUCCAUCUGCCUGUAUCAUAAUAAAUGAAAUCAACGAAGCGAAAUGGGGACGCUGUGGCAAAGAGGCGGAAUAAACACAAUCAUGUUGUUAUUUUUCUAUCGACUAGCUGAUGUUCAAUCGAGUCUGCCGGUUGAUUUAGCUCCUGAAGACAAAGUUCAACCACCUACAACGCUUUCCCUAACAUCAACAUCAUUAGCAUCAUCAAAAGCAACUACAGUCAACAUAUCGACUUACACGUAUGCCACAGCAAUACCACCUAUACCUCCCAGCGAUAGAGAUCGGUUUCUGACCUUUGCUGAAACGGGACAUCACACGACUUUCAUGUUUGCAAAGAAUAAUACUUUCAUACAACUUGAUGGAGAUGUUAUACAAAGAUUCCAGUUGAGGUUAUGCAGAGAAAUAUCGUUCAAAUUUCGCACAAGACUACCUCAUGGAUUAUUAGUUUACCAUAAUGUCAAGAACCCAGUUUUUAAAAUGCCGCCAUACGCUUUGUAUGUUAUUGUAGAAAAAGGUGAACUCAAAGUGGUCCAUGUAUUCGGUAAACAUCUAACUUCUGUAACAGUCGGUAGAGCUCUGAACAGAGAUCAAUGGCACAAUGUUGUAGUCACCAUAGACGUUCAUGGCGCUAGACUUAUUGCCAAAGUAGAUCAGCUCAAAGAAGAAGUCUAUUUGAAGGGUCUCAGUUUUGAUACAAAUUAUGGCAUUACGGAUAAUUUGACAUCAGUUAUUCUUAUUGGAGGACUGAGCUCGGAAGAAAAACUCCAUGGAGUCAAAUACAUCAUAGAAUCCUUCGUAGGCUGUAUUAGUGACAUGGUCCUUAGUUCUGGUAAAGCUGCCUCAGAUCUUCUUCCAAUCGUACCACUGAUCGCUACUAAACACGAAAACGUUAAAGAGGGCUGUAUUGACAGAUGCAGAACAGUGGAAAAUCUAUGUUUUGAAGGUUCUAGAUGUAUAAAUGAGUAUAAUGGUUAUCGAUGCGACUGUUUUGGAACUUUGUAUGAAGAGCAUUUGUGUGAUGUAUUUACGGCAACGGUGUUGACAUUACGGGGAUCCAGUUACGUCUCGUAUCGCGUGUAUGAUUGGAAAGAUCGAGUUCAUUCCACCAACACCAGGGUCAGCUUGCAUUUUAAGACCCGGUUCGAUGACUCAGCCUUGUUCUAUGCAAGCGGUCAAAUAGAUGACAAACAUCAUUAUAUUGCUCUGUCAAUUCAUCGAGAAAAAGUUGCAAUACAAAUAGACUUUGGAGAUGGCCCCGUAGAAGAUUAUCUAGGUGUGCAUGUGAAUAAUAAUAAAUGGCACAAUUUAACAGUGUUACUGCAAGAACAAACCGUAUUCGUUUACCUAGAUGAUAUAACCGCAACAUACGAAAUACCAGGCAAUGCUAAAUACGUUUACAUUGACCCAGAAAUCUACAUAUGCGGAGGACCUGAUUUACAUAAAAUGAAAGGAUUGAAGUCUUUUAACAAUUUUGCUGGAAAUUUGAAGUACGUUUAUUAUAACGACGUCUCCAUACUUUAUGAACUAAAACAAAGUAAUCCUAAAGUACAUUACAUAGGAGUUCUCGUGGAUCCAGAGUUUGAAGAAAUAGAUAUCGAAGUAAUUCCAAUUACUUACCCUUUUGCAACGUCCCAUAUUUGGUGGCCUCUCAACCAAAGUCAAAGUAUUAAUUUAGGUUUCGAGUUCAAAACAAGUAAGAAUAUGGCUGUAUUGGCUUACAGCCAGAUUACAUCGGGACAAGGUUAUUGGGAGGUACGAAUGGUUAAAGAAGAAAUAAGAUUCGAAUUGGUACCAGAUGUUGGCAAAAACGUUACAGUACUGAAAUCUGUUAAAUUUAACGUAAGCAAUGAUUGGCAUACCGUAGAACUAGACUAUAGGAAAGGAAGAAUAAAGUUGACUGUUGAUCAUCACAACAAACCCGCACAAAUGUUUGGUCUUGAUUUUCAACUUCAAGAUAAAAUAGUGAUUGGCAGUGGACUCAAAUCAGCGAACUUAGGCUUGAUUGGAUGUAUGAGAAACAUUAAAAUCAAUGGCCUUCUAAUUGAACCCAGAUUCGUCAUAAACACAGAAAGAGUAGUGGGUGAAGUUGCGAUUGAUGAUUGCCGAUACGUGGAUCCUUGUACGAGACCGAAUACUUGUGAACAUGGCGGCAUCUGUUCCAUUAGAGAAGAUAGAGUUAUUUGCAACUGCGACAAUACAGGCUAUAUUGGCGAAAACUGUCACUUCGCGACAUUCAGAAAAACCUGUGAAGAGCUUGCUCUUCUUGGUUAUACGAGAAAUGAUGUUUACCUCAUCGACAUUGAUGGUAAUGGAAAAUUUCCACCAGCUCAUGUGAAAUGCGAAUUCAGAGAGAUUGAAGCUGAUUCUUCUAUUACUGUGGUUGAACAUAACUUACCUAGUCAAGUGGAUGUUCGGUCAUCCUCGGGUCAAGAUUUCAGUUUUAGAAUAAAAUACAGAGAGUUUACAGCAGAAAUGCUACAAGAACUCAUCUCCCACUCCUUGUACUGUCGACAAUUUAUUAAGUAUGACUGCUUAAUGGCGCCUUUGGAGUUGCACAGUGCAACGUGGUUCAUAUCCUCAUCGAAUGACACGGUGGAUUUCUUGGGAAAUGUGUCCAGAGGGUACUGCCCCUGUGGAGUCAACGCAACUUGCGUUAAUCCUACCCAGUCCUGCAAUUGCGAUGCCAACGAGAACAAGUGGCAUUCUGAUGAAGGCACUUUGGUAGAUCCAAGGAGUUUGGGCAUCACGGAGAUGUUCUUUUUACAACAGAAAGAUCUAACUGAAGAAGCUCAAGGGAGAAUCACUCUAGGACCUUUGGAAUGUGUGGAAACGAAUACUCAACGGUACGUGGUAACCUUUACAACCUCACAAUCAUACAUCGAAGUACCCGGUUGGAGAAAGGGCGACAUUGCCUUCAGCUUUAGAACCACAGGGACCAGCGCUAUCCUGUUAUUUCAACCUCCUAUACGACCCAAUUAUCCGUCGUUUAUGGUCGCAUUGACAAGCGAGCACGAGCUUACGUUUAACUUUACAUUAAACACUGGUACUACAAGGAAACUAGUGAUAAACUCAAAACGUAAGCUUAAUGGUGGAGAAUGGCACAAAAUCUGGAUAGAUUACAACUUCUAUCAUGUCAGGUUUAUGUUGAACACAGAGUAUCAGAUGCUGAAUCUAUUAUUGGAAGAAGAGUUUGGACCGUUUGAAGGGUCUAUGUUCAUUGGUGGAGCUACUGCUGAACACUUAAAAAAAUCCGCAGUAAACCAAGGCCUCAUAGGAUGUUUCAGAGGCCUCGUAGUAAAUGGGGAAAUCCUCGACAUCUACAGUUACAUGUCUGUCCACUUGUCAGAAAUUAUAAAAGACUGUAAACCAUCGUGUGUACCGAAUCCUUGUCAAAAUAAAGCUAUUUGCAAGGAGCUAUGGUCAAGUUACGAAUGUAUUUGUAAAAAUCCUUGGUCGCAUUUGGGUAGACAUUGUGAAGAAAACAUAAACAAAAAAGCUUUAACAUUUCAAACCAAAGAAGCUUAUUUAAAGAAGAAUUACUUAGUAGACAAUGCAACGGAUGCAGAAAAGCACAGAUUGAAGAAAAUGAUGACAGAGAAUGUUCUUAUGAAUCUUAGAACUUACGACAAUAACUCAUUAGUUCUAUAUGCUAACGAUAAUUUAAAUAACUUCAUACAUUUAUUCAUACACAAUGGUACACAAAUCAUAUAUCUUUUUAACUAUAAAGAUGAAAUAAUUCAAAUUAAUGUGACACAUGAAAAGAUCAAUAAAGGCGAAAGUGUACAGAUAGCUAUUAUAAGAACGGAAAAUACUACUACGUUACACGUGAAUGAUAAGAAUACAACGAUUGAUAAAGCACCUGUGCUUUUAAGUAAUUAUACAAAUAAACCGUGGAUAAAUCCAGAAUUAGAAGUAAUCCGUCCACAAAGACCUCCAGCACCACCGACAGAUUAUUUUCAAAUGAAUCUUGGCGGUUACGAUAACUACUCCUUACAUUUGGCAGCUAGGGCUCUUGAAUUGCCACAAGGAGGGUAUGUGGGGUGUGUCAGAGGAUUUAAAAUCGCUGAUCACGUUGUGGAUUUGUCUAGGAAAGCACAAGAAGAAAAUCCUGACCUAGCAGGUGUUCUACCAGAGUGCAACAUGAAGUGUGACUCGGAACCAUGCAAAAAUGGAGGGGUUUGUACGGAAAACUUUACAAAACAAGAGAGUACAUGCAACUGUGAGUUGACCAGUUACUUUGGGGAAUAUUGUAUGGAAGAAAAAGGCGCUGAUUUUAAUGGAGAAAGUAUAUUGAGGCGCAAAUUUAUUCUCUCUGGACCUAUUCUCAAGGUAAAAAUUAAACUAGCCUUCUCCAGCAAUGACCUUCGUCAGAAAAACACCGUUUUGUUAUUAGUGCAAACAGAAAACAAACGUAGUUACUAUCUUUUGGUGGCAAUAACACAAGACGGUUAUCUUAAAUUUGAAGAAGAUCAGGAGGAAGCAGCAUAUGGAGCUGAAGUUAAGAAUAGGAUUUUUUUAAAUGGAGCAAGACAUACAGUCUACUACACAAGAUUAGGUCACGAAGCCAAACUUCUCAUAGACAGAAUUGAAGUUCCUUUAGAGAAACUACCACCUCAAGACUUAUGGGAAGCUCUGGAUGUAGGUUCUAACGAAGUCCAGGUCGGUGGUCUUAACACUACUGACCCAAGACUUAAAAUUUAUAAGGGGUAUAAUGGAUGUCUUUCUAACAUUCUAGUAGAAGUAAACGAUCUUGGCAGUAUGAAACCUUUAGAAGAAUACAUGCUGUACACACGGUCAGACGCUGAAAAGGUUAAUGUGGUUAAUGCUCAAGGAGUUAGAAGUGCGCAAUGUUCAGCUGAUUUUGACGAGACUUGGCCGGAACGGGAUCAGCUGGGUGCUACGCAUAAUGGAAGUUUCCUCAUUAGCGUUGACAAAACUUGGGUCGAAGAUCCUCCGUCAAGAAUCCCUUACGACUCUUUAUACCAACAACCAGAUGAUGAGGAAGAAAAUACAGACAAAAUAUUUAUUGCUUUGAUUGUUAUUUUCCUACUUGGAUUGUGCUACUGUGCUUAUCAUAUGUGGAAAACUAACAAAGCCCAUAGAUUGCGCCUGGAGAAAGAAACCGACGAAAGAAUCAUGAGAGAUAAAGAAAAAGCAAUGAAACGUCAGGAACCAAGCAUUUCGUUUUUGCAACUGAACAAAGAUGAAGAUGCCAAAAAGGACGGUGAAAAGAAAGCCAAUGGUGUGACGAUUGAUGCACUUCCUACAAUUAUAGUAGAAGUGCCUGGUGAAGAAAAACCAUCGAGUCGAAGAGGAUCUUUAAGAUUUAGAGAUAUCGCUGAUAACGCACUUGAACUAUUAGAAGAAAAGGAUGAAACCCUAGAAAACGAAGAGGAUGAACGAGAGAAGGAAGAAAAAAAUGAGAAUAUUAACAUUGCUCACACUGACAACAAACUCUUGAACUCUAAUAAUGAAGAAGAUACUUGUAACACGAAAGCAGACGAACAAGUGGACAGUCAAGAUAAUUCAGACAAUUCGAAUCCUCAUAGACCCUAUAAAGAUUCAAACAAAGGACCACCAACAUUAACAUCACAACUACCUUACAAAAUUGAUGAAGAUGGCUCCAACGAACUUUUAACCUCUACCGCUUAA